AUGAAGCAAACACUGUAUGUAUUUAUAUUGGGGUCUAAUGUGAAAUUUAUUGCUGUUUUCUCAAGUAUAUUUCUUAUAAUUUCAGGUGGUGUUGCUGUUGCAAACUAUGACUCUGUUGAGGAUGGCGAUAAAGUUGUUCAGACAGCCUUGGACAGUUUUGGUCGUGUUGAUAUUGUCAUCAACAAUGCUGGUAUCCUUCGAGACAGAUCGUUUGCCCGAACUUCAGAUACAGAUUGGGACUUGAUUCAUCGAGUGCAUUUGCGAGGUUCCUUUUUGGUGACAAGAGCAGCUUUCCCAAUAAUGAAGAAACAAAACUUUGGGCGUAUCAUCAUGACUGCUUCUACUUCUGGAAUUUAUGGAAAUUUUGGGCAGUCCAAUUACAGUGCAGCAAAACUGGGACUUUUAGGUCUGAGCAACACUUUGGCUAUAGAAGGACAGAAAUAUAAUAUUCAUUGCAAUACCAUAGCUCCUACGGGUGGAACUCGUCUUACUGAAGAUAUCUUGCCUCAAGAUUUAUUUGAGCAACUUAAACCUGACUUAGUAGCCCCGUUGGUUUUGUGGUUGUGCCAUGAAGACUGCGAUGAGACAGGAGGGCUUUUCGAAGGUGCGGGUGGAUGGUUUGCAAAGUAUCGAUGGGAGCGUGCAAAAGGAAAGUUUUGCCGAACUUCUGUUAAUGAAGGAGUUACUCCAGAAGCUGUUAGAGAUAACUGGGAUGCAAUCACUGAUUUUACUGAUUCUGAUCAUCCGUCUUCAAACCGUGAAGCAACAGCAAGUUUAGCAAUGGGACUACAAGAGCUGAGCACUGAACCAGCAGUUACAUCAAAUCCAACAUCAGCCUCAGCUUCACAGGGAUUGUCUGCUCGUGGGGUAACUGUACCACCGUCAAGCUUCACAUAUAGUCCUGAUCAGCUGAUUCUCUAUGCUCUUGGAGUUGGUGUUUCAAGACAGGAUGAAGAUGCUCUCAAAUUCUUGUAUGAGAAUGAUGAAGAUUUUUCAGCACUUCCUACUUUUGCUGUCAUUCCAUCACAGUCAGUGUUGUUUGGGGGAAAACUUUGGCAUCAAAUGAGUGGUUAUACUCCCAACUUGGCUAAGCUUCUUCAUGGUGAAAUGUAUAUAGAAAUUGUGAAACCUUUGCCAACAUCUGGUACUCUACAUACAGGAGCUAAAGUUGCAGAUGUAUUAGACAAGGGCUCAGGAGCUGUACUCAUCCUGGACUCAGAAACAAAGGAUGACAGUGGAAGUCUUGUAGCUAAAAAUCAAUGGUCAUUAUUUAUUGUUGGUGAUGGCAAAUUUGGUGGUCCAAGGACAAGUAAUGUAGCAAUUCCACCUUUUGAUGCCCCCAAUAGGACUCCUGAUGUUACAGAAGAAUACAAAACUAGCAUUGACCAGCCUGCUUUGUAUAGGCUUAGCGGUGACAAGAAUCCUCUUCAUUUGGACCCUUCCUUUGCUGCAGUAGGCGGUUUCUCAGAACCCAUCUUACAUGGGCUGUGCACUUAUGGUAUCGCAGGUCGCAUCAUCCUAAAAAAAUUCUGUGGCAAUGAUGUCCAAAAAUUCAAGGCCAUGAAGGCCAGGUUCGCUAAGCCAGUUAUUCCAGGUCAGACACUUGUGGUAGACAUGUGGAAAGAAGGGUCAAGAGUCUUCUACAUGUGCUCUGUUAAAGAAACUGGGCAAAAAUGCUUGACUGGAGGAUAUGUAGACAUAGUAGAAACAUCUGGUGCAAGUGAAAGCCUCUCUUCAGCUUCCACACUUGGGAGUGCAGCCUGUUUCCAAGAGAUCUCACGAAGACUAGCACAAGACCCAUCUGUUGUGAAGAGCAUCAAUGCAAUUUUCCUGUGGAAUAUUAACUCAAAAGGGACAUUAGCUGGACAGUGGACUGUCGAUUUGAAGAAUGGCUCUGGAAGCGUACAUGAAGGUGAACCCAAGACAGGGGAAAAACCGGGUGUCAAAAUAACUCUGGAAGAUGAGGAUAUGGUGGCCCUGAUGUCUGGCAAACUGAAUGCACAAAAAGCCUUUUUAAGUGGGAAACUAAAAGCAUCAGGAAACAUUAUGCUGAUGCAGAAAUUACAAGGUCUUCUGGUACCACAGUCUAAAAUGUAGAAAGAAUAUUGCAAUGUAUAACAUUCUACAUUAGUGAUUGAAAUAUUGAUAGUUGUUGUAUAUAUAAUAGUUAGAAAAAACUCAUUCCACUGUAACAUGGUUUAUUGUUCUUAGAAGAUGGGAAAGAUUCUUUUCUAGUGAAUUGUGGAAUAUAUAUAGUAAUUGUGGAAUAUAAAUAGUAAUAAUUAUUUUAAGAGAAAAAUUGACUCUCUUAAUAUGUAUCUUCAAGACUUUUUCUAAAUAUAGAUAUAUAUAGUUAAUAGGUUUUAAUGUGGUUUAUAAAGGGUUUUGUGGCCUUAUGUAAAUUUAUAGGAAUGUACCUAUUACUAGUGUAAACAUGCUGUGAAAAAGAGCUCUGUUUAAAAUACAGUUAACAUUAAUCUUCAUAUUGACAAUGUUAUGUACAUUAUACAUCAAUUUUGCCUCCAAAAUGUUCAAGUUCAAGUUAAACUUGGAUAAAGGUGUAGAUGAACUAAUGUAUGCGCCUACACUGCAAAUAGGAAAUUUUCUAAAUACAGUAUACCUAUCCUACAAAAAAUAUUAGUGAUUUGCUACACAAUGGCUUCCAUUAUAAGCAACAAACUAGAAAUAUCAUUAGAAAGGCAGUUCAUCAGUUAUGCAAGGUGCCAAGAACUACUUAUGUUUGCAGUACUGAAAAAUUGGUUUGCAAGAUAUGUUUCCAUAAAACUUAGGAAUAUUGAAAUUAUAUUAUGUAAUUUAAUUGCUGCUACAAUGACAUUCAGCUUAAAGUAAUGUUUCUAAUCUUCUGAUGUUGUCCUUUACUUCUUUUCUUCUUUGAAAGGCUGAAGAGUACAUGUCCUAAUUCCUCUGCCAUUUCUGGUUUUUCUCCUGACAUUUCAUUCCUCAUAGGAAUAUCAUCUGUCGUCUGAUUCCAGUGUGUGUGAGUGUUGGAAUGACUCCUUUUGUGUGUGACGCUGGCUUUUAUGCUAGGCUCCAGGCUUGUUGACUGCAUGUGGGAUCCAAUGAAAAAUAGGGUCAGUUAGGUAUGGGCCAAUGAAAAAUGGGGUCUGGUUAAUGCUCAAUGCUGUCACACACAAAAGGAGUCAUUCAAACAUACACUCACUGGAAUCAGACCUCAGAAGAUAUUCCUAGGAGGAAUGAAAUGUCAGGAGAAAAACCAGAAAUUGCAGAGGAAUUGGGACAUGUAAUCUUCAGCCUUCCAAAAGAACAAAAAGAUAAAAUCAGAGGAUUAGAUAAAGAUUACUUUCAGCUGAAUGGAAUCAUAGCAGCAAUUAAAUUCAAUAAAAUAAGCUUAAAUAAAUGAAGGGUUACUACUUAAAUAUUGAAAUUCUUAUUUUUCUCUGAAUGUAAAAGCAAUUUUUUUUUAAUUGUAUUUUAAAAGAAUCAAAAGAGCAAAACAAGUUUGUUAUUAAAAUUUUAGACAAAAUUAGUAUCCAAACAUGAAAACCAAGUAACUCAGACUAAGCAAUCAAUAAAUCUCAAAAACCCCAUUUACUUUACAUUUUAAUGCAAAAAAUAAAGUUUGCUUUAAUAAUUAAACAAAAUCUCAAAUUAUUGGAAAGCCAAGUUAUUUUUUAUAUGGGACAAAAAAAUUAAAUGGUUAUCUCUUUUUUUAUGGGCCAAAAAAAUUAAAGAGUUAUCUCUUGAUACUUUAUAGCAAAAGUUUCUAUAUAACAGUUUCUAUAUAACAAAGAAUAGAAAUCUGCAUAAGAAUUUGAACAUGUUUGACUUUUCUUUUUUUAACAUUGUAUGAUGAACUACAACUUUUAAUCUGUCAAAUGACACCAAAACUAGGAUCCCAGCGUAGAAAAAAAUUCACAUAUUAUACAUUGUAGAGAGAUUCAAAGUGCAAAUUUAUUACAUUGAGUGGGGUGCUAAGCAGUCAAGUUGUUAUUACAAACAUUACCCACUAAAAAAUUAAUAUUUUUGUGUGUGUGUUGUAUUUCUUUUUAAAUAAGAUUCUUUAGUAUUCGUACCAAAACAAUUAUAACAUCACUAAGCCACCUAGAUAAUGGAGAUUAUCACUGUGGACUCUUUUCAUGGUAAAGACUGCACUUAUGUUGCUAUUAGAUAAGUUAUAACUCAUAAUUAACAAAUCACUAAAUACUUAUCUUAAAAUUAUAAUGUACAACUGUAAGGUAGUUUACCCAGGAAAGUGUACAUUGUAAUAGUUUAAACAAAUGGUAAUUUCUUGAGAGAGAAAAAGUAGUAGACUAUCUGAAAAGGCUGUUAAUCAAAACAGAUUGCUAUUGGGUAUCAUUGUAAUUAUGCACCUGUAUGUAUAAAACAGGUAAACAAGGUUUAUUUUAAUAUAAAUUUAAGGUGUUAAUGCACCGAUAUGUACCACAACAAUGUAGACAUAAUAUGCAGCAUGGACAAUAAUGCAUAUAUGCAAAGUAAUAUAGGACUGCUUACAAGAUGUUUUCUCACUUUUCAUGUUUGUAUACACUUUUUUGUGUUGUCCACGUAAUAUACAAUUUAUAAGUACUUUGAAAAUUUGAAUGCCUUAUAGUCUAGUUCUUUAUUUUCAAGUUUUGUUCAAGUUUGAAUUUCAAAUAUCCUCAAAAUUUCCAUCUAGUAAUUUUCAUAAGGAUAGCUUUAAAAAUUUCUUGAAGCAAUUUGGCCUUUCAGUUCACAUGAUGCUCAUUACUGUACACACUUGUCAUAGAGAAUAUAAGUGGAAAAAUUUUUCAUAGAGAAUAUAAGUGGAAAAAUUUUUAA